CAUAAGCCACGCCCCCAAACCCUACAACUCUUCUGAGCCAGGUUGGGUCCACCCUUACGGGUCCUUGAGUGCCCCACACCUUCGCUCCAGGCUCCUCCCGUUUCAUUCAGGAGGCGCCCUCUUCCCUGUUAGUGCAGUUGUGCAGGUCCCCAAUCUUCCUCCAGAGUUUAGAGCCCAACCACCUGCUGCGGGAGUCUUACUAGACUUGCCUCCUUCUUAAGCCCCACCCACUGUUCCAGUUCCUCUCCCCCCUCGCCCUAAGUCUCCUCCCCAUCCUCCAAAGUCUGGUUCUUACAGGCAUCACACUCUAGCCUGCCUUUCUGUGGCCGUCGUGCUCAGGUUUUUACGUGCCGCUCAGGUAAGUCGUGUGCGGUGGCAGUUUCGGCCUGAGCCGCCCGACCUUCUCUCCACACGUUCCGCAAGCCCCCGCGGCACGGAGGGACCGCAGGCCAAAGGCGGUGGGCUCCACAGCCCGGACCCCGCCUCUCCGCUGUGGCCCGUGACCCUGGCCGAGACACCGGACGUCAACACGGUCGUUCCGGAACGGGGUGACAUGCCCGAGCUGGUGGUGACAGCGCUGCUGGCGCCGUCGCGCCUCACCCUGAAGAUGCUUCGUGGCUUCUUGUGGAGCCUGGUGUUCCUCGCGGCUCUGGCGGCCGCCGCCGUCUUUGGCUGCAUCGCGCUCGCGCACGUGCUUUGCCGACCCCGACGCGGCUGCUGCGGGCGUCCUCGGCGCACCCCACCCGCCUGUUUGAGCGACCCAGCGCUAGGCAAGCACAACUUCCUGACCCUUAAGAGCUCGGGCCUGCGCCUGCACUAUGUCUCUGCCGGGGGCGGCAACGGGCCUCUCAUGCUGUUUCUGCACGGCUUCCCUGAGACCUGGUUUUCCUGGCGCUACCAGAUCCGGGAGUUCCAGAGCCGCUUCCACGUGGUGGCUGUAGACCUGCGUGGAUAUGGUUCCUCCGAUGCACCGAGGGACGUAGGCUGUUACAAUAUCGACGUGCUGACUGCAGACAUCCAGGAUAUCAUCCUGGGCCUGGGUUACUCCAAGUGCAUCCUUGUGGCCCAUGACUGGGGUGCAGUCAUAGCCUGGAAUUUCUCCAUCUACUACCCGUCCCUGGUGGAGCGGAUGGUGGUGGUCAGUGGUCCCCCCUUGCCAGUGUACCAAGCAUACUCAAUGCGCCACAUUAGUCAACUCUUUCGUUCCUACUACAUGUUCCUGUUCCAGCUUCCCUGGCUGCCUGAGAAGUUGCUGUCAGUGUCUGAUUUCCAGAUCCUGAAGACAUUCCUCACCAGCCGCAAGACUGGCAUCCCACACUUGAGCCACAAUGAGCUUGAGGCCUUCCUUUAUGACUUCUCGCAGCCCAAUGGCCUCACUGGGCCCCUCAAUUUCUACAGAAACCUCAUAAGGAACUUCCCUCUGGAGCCCCAGGAGCUGGCCACGCCCACCCUGCUGCUAUGGGGGGAGAAGGAUCCUUACUUGGAGCACGGGCUGGUGGGGGCCAUCAGCAACUGCUUUGUGCCUGGCCGGCUGGAGGCCCACAUCCUGCCAGGUGCGGGGCACUGGAUCCCACAGAGCUACCCUGAGGAAAUGCACCAGUACAUGUGGGCCUUCUUGCAAGAUCUGCUGCACUAGUGGCCCUCGUGCACUGGCCUGUGUGCACCUGAGAGUGCACAGGGCAUACAUACACAGGUCGUCUCCUGGAUCAUCCAUAGGUGUAGAACUCCUAAGUCACUCACAAGUGCAUCUGUAGGUGCCCUGGGUACACCAGUCCGUAUGCUCACUCACAAACAUGAGAGCAAGCUCUUUGACCUCAGGAAACCGGGGAUGCCUCUACUCUGUGGACCUAGAUGCUGAGUGACCUCUCUCCUUUUCCUGGGGUCCCAGUUUUCUUGCUGAAAUCGGUGCCCCCUAAACCAUAAAUUCUGACCUUCCUGUCCCUCCAGUCUGGGUCUUCAGCUAAAUGCUGCUUUGUACAAUACAGUAUCGGUAGUCACAUCUGGGUACUUUCAUUUAAUUGCAAAUUAAUUAAAAUUAAAUACGAUUUAAAAUUCAGUUCCUCAGUCACACAAGCAAUCUUU